UACAUUGGCACAACGAUGGCAGAGGUAGCUACCAAAAUCACAGAUUUUACUUCCACGGGGAGGACGGGUCGACGGAAUGCCUUACCUGACAUCUUGGAUGUGGGGACGACUGCAUCUGGGGACGAUCUUGUCGUCAGAUUAGACAGUCUUGCAUUAGAUGAGAAAGGCGAUACAGCCAGCGGUGGUGCAGCUCCAGACGGGGGACAAGCGUCAUCAGACGGCACGUCGUCGUCGUCGGCAAAGACGGAACUCUCGGAGAGCGAGGGGUCGUAGCGAUGAAUGUGUUUUUCAUCAGCGAUGCUCCUCUUUUUGAAUGAACUCUCCAAAACCCCCACCACCCAAAUUUUCCUCCCCUCUCGAGGUGUACAUAUUGGUCUUUCUAAAGCUCCAGGGAUUUCUAACUGAUCGGGAGAAUGGUACAAUGCGGAUGCAGUAAUUGUAAAAAAAAAAAAAAGAAAAAAAAAAAAAAUGCUGAAGAGUCUGGAUAUUAAUUUGACGUCUUCGGAUUGCCAUAGAUUUGAUUCUCAAGGAGAUGUGACGUCAGAGAUAACUGUGCACAGGAGGCAAUUUCCUACGUGAGCGCAAUUCCAGAUGAGAUUCAUUUGUUCACUGAUGAUCGUCCAUGCAGGAUCGCCCCGGGUCCCAUUACGAGACCGGGUCCCAUUACGAGACCGGGUCCCAUUACGAGACCGGGUCCCAUUACGAGACCAUCCGAAGAUUACCAUAAUUGGACAAAUGUGUUAUGAGUAUGUUUUAUUGUUUUUUUAUCUCGCUGAUGAAACCAAGGGACGUCCCCAAAGCGACAGCACUGUACCGGUUGGCCUGCAGGAAAGAGAAAUGAUAAAAAAGAUUCUCUUGGAUUUUACAGACUGCCUCUUUUUCCAAAGCAAAUGUAACCCUGCGACAACUUGUUUUUACAAACAGCCGCAGACCCCACACUUAAAGGCAGUGGACACUAUUGGUAAUUUUGUCAAAGACUAGC